UCCGAGGCGUGACGGAAGUUGCCGAACGUGGGCCGAGCGCCGCCCGAGGGUUGCCGAGCGGCUUCCCCGAGCGCCGCCGGAAGUUGCCGAGCGGGCCUCGGGGGUGCCGUGGGGGGGAGGCCGCGGUGCGCAGCGGGGCUGUCCCAGCCAUGAUCGAGGUGGUGGCCAAGCUGGGCCGCGGGCCCGUGUUCCUGGCCGGGGAGAUGCUGGAGUGCGUGAUCACUUUCACCAACCCUCUGUCGGCGGCCUCCACCUCUGCCAGCAGCGAGAUGCUGGCGUGGGCCAGCGCCCAGAUCCACUGCCAGUUUCAUGCCAGCGAGAACCGGGUGGCGCUGCCCCCCUCCGACGGCAGCAAGCACGACGUGCAGGCAGAGAACGAGACAGUCUUCGUCCCCAACAGAGGAGAGCGGGGUCAGUGCAUCCUGUCCACCCCACCGAAGAUCCUUUUCUGUGACCUGCGGCUGGAUCCUGGGGAGUCAAAGUCCUACUCGUAUUGUGAGACGCUGCCCAUAGACGGCCCUCCCUCCUUCCGGGGACAGUCGGUGAAGUACGUGUACAAGCUGACCAUCGGCUGCCAGCGCGUCAACUCCCCGAUCAAGCUCCUCCGCGUGCCCUUCCGCGUCCUCGUGCUGCACGGUAAGGCCACACGCUGCCCUGCCCUCGGGCACGGUCUGCCGCCCGCCCCGCUGACUCUCGCCUUCUCCCCAGGCCUCAAGGAUUACCAGUGCCCGCAGGAUGAGGCCGUCGCGCCCUCAAACCCCUUCCUGGAGGAGGAGGAGGGCUUGAAGAAGGACUCUCGCCUGGCGGACCUGGCGACGGACCUGCUCAUGGCAGCCACCUCCCGACGCAGCCUGCACCUGUACAAUAUCAGCAGCAGCCGCGGGAAGGUGGGGACCUUCUGCAUCUUCAAGACCGUGUAUAAGAUUGGAGAGGAUGUCAUCGGGACCUUUAACUUCUCAGAAGGAGACAUCCCGUGUCUGCAGUUCUCGGUGAGCCUGCAGACAGAAGAGAGCAUCCAGGAGGAGUUCCAGCGCCGGCGGGGGCAGCCCGUCUCCUUCAGCACGCACGCCCGCCAUCAGGAGGCCUGCCUGCACACAGCCCAGAGCAGCUUCAGCCUGCCCAUCCCGCUGAGCUCGACCCCGGGAUUCACCACCAACAUCGCGUCCCUGAAGUGGAGGCUGCACUUCGAGUUUGUGACCUCUGGGGAGUCAGCGGGGACCUGCCUCGUCCGUGGGAGCCAGCCAGAGGCCGUCACCUGGACCGGGGUGGAGCAGAUUGAGGUGGACACUUUCAGCUGGGACUUGCCCAUCAAAGUCCUUCCCACCAACCCCAUCCUGGCCUCCUACGUGUCGCAGUUCUCCAGCACCAACUCCAUCACCAUCUGAAGUGGGGAGAGACGGUAGGGCCCUGCCGUGCCGGCUGGGAACGGCGGGCAGGACCACGACCAGCAUGCUGGGGGUGUGCACCCCGAUAUUCCCCCGGGGUUCUCCUGCGAUGACAGGGUGGGCAGCGGGCAGCUCUGUCCUGCCCGGGGUGAAGGAGCACUGCGCUCGCUGCCGUGCCCUGUGCCUUCAGCUGGGGGCCAGACCCUUUGUGCAGGAUGAGGGCGCGGGUCGCAGCGCUCACCGAAACGGGAUCUGCCUCCCCCGGGGAGCGGCCCCGCCUGUGCCUUGCCCCCUGAGGGGCUUCCAGGAGAAAAGGGCCCAGCCCAGGGAGCGAAACCUUGCGUGAAGGUCCUUGCAGGGCAGCCUCGUGCUGCUGGCUCCUGCUGGGCUCCUGGAUGUGGCCGAGUGCUCCGUGUGGAGCCAGGCAGCAGCACCGCAGCAGUGACACAGAACUGAGAGGUGCUGAGCGCCUGGGCCGUCCUCUCCCUCCGCUCCUGAGCCCGAAGGCAUCCUGCUGGUCUCGGGAUCCUCGGGGGGCUGGAGUGAAUGCAUGCUGCGUGUGCAGGAGCUGGGGUGGAGGUCUCCCUGCUCAACGGCCAGCCCCGCGUUUCUACCAAACCUUCCAAAGAGUUUUCCUCUUUGCAUGGAAACCUAAUAAACACCUGAACGUGCAAAACA